AAAAGAAGAAGAAGAAGAAGAUCAUAGAACAGAAACAGAAAGAAAGAAAGAAAGAAAGAAAGAAGAGAGUGAAGAAGAAGAAUUCAGAAAGAAGAAGAAAACCCUAAUCAAUGAAAAAGCGUGCAAGAAACGAUCGACGUAGAUGCUUGUUGUGGCCAGUGUAUCGUGGGAUCUGAAUUGGUUCCUGCAAUUGAUACUGUACGCUCUUGUUAUCUGCGUUGGAUUGCACGUUUUGGUCAAGAACACUGCUUCCAAGUACUUUGAAGGCGAACACCACUCUCCCUCCGCCUCAAUGCCCGGCGUUCUUGCCGCCGAUAACGCUGUCUGCACCGUCUGCUCCGCCCACGCCACCCGGAGAUGCUCCCGCUGCAAAGCCGUCCGAUACUGCUCAACGGAAUGCCAACAGUCGCAUUGGAAGUCUGGGCAUAAUGUAAAAUGCAAAUAUUCUCAAGAAGCUACUGGUGCUUUGAACUCGGCUCAAAAUGGGGUUACUAAUCGCGGCGGGUUUAAGGCUUCCAGGGGUAAAAGAUCGGGAAUCGCAUUGGUACCUGGUUUUGGAACUUCUAGCUCCAGGCCAAUCAAGCAGCCUAAAGAUGCUCUUUUUCCUUACAAAGAAUUUGUGAAAUUUUUUAAUUGGGACAAGCCAGGAUUUCCCCCUUGUGGACUCUUGAAUUGUGGAAACAGUUGCUUUGCAAAUGUGGUUCUCCAGUGUCUCUCAUUCACAAGGCCACUUAUUGCCUACUUGUUGGAGAAGGGCCACCGAAGAGAAUGCAGUUGUAAUGAUUGGUGCUUUCUAUGUGAAUUUGAAAGUCACGUUGAAAGAACCAGGCAAAGUUCACAGGCAUUUUCUCCAAUGAAUAUUCUCUCUCGUUUGCCUAAUAUUGGUGGUACUCUGGGUUAUGGAAGACAGGAGGAUGCUCAUGAGUUUAUGAGAUUUUCAAUUGAUACUAUGCAAUCUGUUUGCCUAGAGGAAUUUGGUGGAGAAAAAGCUGUCCCUCCUAAACUUCAGGAAACAACCCUUAUUCAACAUAUUUUUGGUGGCCACCUUCAAUCUGAGGUCAUUUGCACAAAGUGUGAUAAGAUUUCAAAUCAGUAUGAAAAUAUGAUGGACUUGACUGUUGAAAUUCAUGGAGAUGCUGCCUCGUUGGAGGAAUGUCUAGACCAGUUUACUGUCAAAGAGUGGCUUGAUGGGGACAACAAGUAUAAAUGUGACGGGUGCAAGGGCUAUGUCAAGGCAUGGAAACGCCUCACUGUGAAAUGUGCUCCAAAUAUUCUUACCAUCGCCUUGAAAAGAUUUCAGAGUGGGAAGUUUGGAAAACUUAACAAGAGAGUAGCCUUCCCUGAGACUUUAAAUCUUAGCCCCUACAUGAGUGAUGCUGGAGAUGGAUCUGAUAUAUAUAAAUUAUAUGCUGUUGUAGUCCAUAUUGAUAUGCUAAAUGCUUCAUUUUUUGGUCACUACAUCUGCUACAUCAAGGACUUCAUGGGAAAUUGGUACAGGAUUGAUGAUUCAAAGGUUAGAAGUGUGGAUUUGGAGGAGGUGCUUUCUCAGGGAGCGUACAUGCUGUUGUAUAGCAGGUGUAGUGCCCGGCGAUCAAGCCUACAAAUUCAAACUAAUGAGUCUUCAGGGAUAGCAGAAAUGCAUACAAUGGACAUGAAGCCUUGCAAAAUUGAUCAAGCUGAAUGCCUCUCAAGUAAGACUUUGACCUGCAGUCAAGGUUGUGCGUUUGUUGCAUCUGAUACUAGUUCAGAAUUGAAGGUUUCUUCUGACUGUGAAUUCGAGUCUUCCACUGGAUUGAACUCAGAAGGCGAAAGCCAGCCCUCUGAGGUUAUUGACACUAACACUAUUAAUAUUAAGUCAGCUGACACUGCAAAUGAGAUUUCUUGUAGUGCUGUUGAAUCGUCUUAUAUGCCUAUUUUUCAAAUUGUCCAAGAUUUGGGGGAUGUAGAUAUGGGGAGAUCUUUAGAAGAGACUUCAGGCGGCACACAAGAGGAAGAUGAUGCUGCUAUGGCUAGGUCUGGUCCUUCUCUGGGUUUAUCAAAUGACUUCUCUUUCUUGGAUAAGGAUUCUUCUGUUUUGACUGAUUCUCAAAAUGUGGAAGAUUCAGAACUAAGAGAUGUGAAUAAAUGCAGGUCAUUAACUGCUACGGAUAAUGCAUAUAAUGGCACUGGACAUGUCAGUGAAAAUAAAUCAGCUAUUCCACUUGAAGAGUCUGGUACACUAAUUUCGAGUUUUGGUUCUUUUCUCACUGAAAGUGACAAAGGAAAUGGAAUUAAUAAAGUGGAAAUAUCGGCAGACAAGUAAAUAAUGUAGGUGCAGCUCUAUCUCUCUUUCAUUCCUUCAUAUCAUUUAUCCCAUCAUCUAAAAGAGGUGGUGAGUUGGGAAAUUUUUGUCUGGGGUUUCAUUAUUUUGCAGGAACCUUGGAUCUUAUUGUAACUUUUCUAGAUGGAUUAUCUAAUUUAAUCAUAAUGAUAGAAAAUAACUUAUUUGUCCUUAUUUCCCUUCCACUCUGUACAUAAAGAAAAGUAUAAUUCUUUUAUUAGUAA